AUGCUUUCAACAAAGACAACAACUGACUUAGCGGAUUCUGAGCACAAUUAUGCCAUUGCUAGCACUAAAAAGGUAGAUGCUCUUUGUGACGCAGCUGAACCAUGUUCAACGAACCAAGCAACGUUAUUCACAGACGAGAUACCGCAGGCCACCGGCCAAAAUUGUUGCUCUUUAUCUAAUAACAAGCCCUUCCCUGGAGUAAAUAACACAGAGAAAGAAUAUUCGAGUUUUGAUUCAGUAAUCAGUGCCGACACGUUUCCCGAUCCUGUUCAUUCAUGUAUGGAUUUAAAGACCAAUAAUGCAAUAGAAGGUGAUUCGCAGAAUGACUCGGUAAUCAAUGAUGACAUAUUUACUCCCCAAUCAUGUAAUGUAAGCCACAACACCGAUCCACCGGAAUUCGGUGAAAUUCAUGAUAAAGGUAAAAUUAAUCCGAUAAAACCGCCUAAGCAAACUGCAGAUAUUCAAGCAUCAUGUUUGGAUAUGGCGGAAUCACUAUUAGUCCCAGAACUAGAAUCAGUACCAGCAGAAAAAUUUUGUAAAACUCAGAAUUCCGAAAAUUAUGAUGCUGAGAAAUUCGAAGAUGAAAUUUUUAAUCCCUUCAUGGCAACUUCAUCGAAGAAAUCCGGUACAAAGCUGCCCGCAAAAUCGGCACAAUCCAAGUUUGCCACUGAUGAUCCAAACCCCAAUCGACCACCGACGUCGGAUGAGAUAUUAUUUAGUGUUCCGCAUCUUCCAAGGUUUAGCGUUCGUCAGCAUCCUACAGGGGAAAAUCUAGAGCUAUCAUUGAUGAAACGAGAAAUCGAAAUGCGUCUUCGUGUCAACGAGAUGUCUUGGGUUACCCAACGAGCGAUUCGAGAGGAAAGCUCUCGAGUAAAGAAGGUUUGUAAGAAUAAUUUGGAAUUACAACAACGUCUGGAACGUUAUGAUGAGAAGCUGACCUCUAAUCAGCUAAUAUUGGAUUACGAUAAAGAGAAAAAAACUUUCAUUAGAGUGCACCCUGCACUGGUAACAAGAAUGAAACCUCACCAAAAGGAAGGAGUAAAAUUCAUGUACGAUUGCUGCUACGCAAAUGCAUUGGAUAGUAAGAAGUCCAAAGGAUCGGGUUGCAUUCUAGCUCAUUGUAUGGGCCUGGGCAAAACUCUACAAGUGAUUGCUUUAAUAAACACGGUAAUCAGCUAUUCACAAAUGGACACCAAACGUAUCAUAAUUGUUUGUCCAAAAAGCACUGUGAUGAAUUGGAACCAAGAAUUUCGCGACUGGCUCGCAGAUGUGGAUUGCAACGUGCGCCUGCUUAUUUCAUAUUUCCCGGAUGCAUCCAACAUUUACAAAAAACUGGAUGUCUUGAAGAGUUUCUUCGACGUGUCAGGCAAAACCGCUAGUUGUUUGUUAAUUGGCUACGAAGCGUACCGUUCCUUAGUCUUCUACGAUUCCAAGAAUAAGCAUGGGGAGCAACAAUCCGACCGCAUUCGUGCCGAUGUUCGUCGUUAUUUGAUCAAUCCGGGUGCGGACUUGAUCGUUCUUGAUGAGGGCCAUAUAAUAAAAAACCGAAAGUCGAUGACCAACCUAGCAUUAGCCGAAGUUGCUACAAAACGAAGAAUCAUUCUUACUGGUACUCCAAUUCAGAACAAUCUGAAUGAGUACUUUUGUAUGGUGAGUUUUGUGAAGCCUGCCUAUUUGGGUAACGAGCGCGAAUUCAACGAACACUACGCCAAACCGAUUAAAGAAGGACAACACAAAGAUUCUAAUCCUGUUGAAAUAAAAUUAAUGAAAAUGAAGUCGUACAUACUUCAUAAACAUCUAACAGAAUUUGUUCAUCGUAAGGAGUUUUCUGUACUAAAGGAGUUUUUGCCCAAGAAAUAUGAUUUCGUCAUAUACGUGCCCCUAACACCGGUACAGGAAGAUUUGUAUGAAGACUACCUGCGAAGAUAUCCAUUUAAACGGGAUAUUGGUGGUUUAAACUUGCUGGAAGAUUAUACUUUUCUGCGUAAGAUUUGGACUCAUCCAAUCGUAUUGGAGCAAGCUUGGGAAAAUGCUAUGAAGAGAAAGUAUGGUAUUGUAGAUAAAAAGCGUACCGUACGCGGUUUUGAUAGCAGCUCUGAAGACGAAGAUGCCGACGACAAUUGCCGUUCUAUCACUAACGCCUGGUGGAAGCAGUUUAUCAGUGCAGAUGAUCUUGAAUCAAUUUUCCCAAGUAAUAAGAUGUUAUUACUGUUUGAAAUUUUGAAAAUGUGCCAAGAGCGCGGUGAAAAAUGUUUGAUAUUUUCCGGUUUUGUAAUGGUUCUAAACAUGGUAGAAUAUUUCAUGAAGAAAAUCGAUGAACAAGACGCAAAUCCGAAGGCUGAACUCCAUGGAUUAUCUCGUUUUCGUGGGCCGUGGCGCCCAGGAAUGGACUACUAUCGUAUUGACGGAGGCACGGCUAAAUCUACCCGCCACGAAAUGGUUACAAAAUUUAACGAUUUGAAUAACCGUAUAACACGUGUGUUCUUGAUUUCGACUAAGGCCGGUGGGCAGGGCAUAAACUUAGUUGGUGCUAAUCGGGUAGUUAUUCUGGAUACUUCUUGGAAUCCCGCUGUUGAUCAGCAAGGAAUCUUCCGCAUCUACCGUUUGGGUCAAACGAAAACUUGUUACAUUUAUCGGUUACUGGCAGUUCAUACAAUGGAAGAAAAAGUAUACUCUCGUGCAGUUACUAAACAAGCAACAAGUCAUCGAGUGGCGGACAAGAAACAGGUCGAUCGAAACUAUAAUAUGGCGGAACUAGAGGAGUUGUAUCAUUUCGAACGUGUGGAUAUGGCUGCUCGCGAGGAUCCUCCUCCUGCCGAAGAUGAUCUUCUAUCCGUGCUACUGUGGAAAUAUCCCAAGCUCAUCUAUCGAUAUCACACCCAUGAAAUGAUGCUGGACAAUAAAACGGAAAAGGAUCUUACUGAGCUGGAAAAAAGAUUAGCUUGGGCUGAAUUUAAAAAGAAAGGUCUUACGACUAGUCUUGGUGAGCCAUUCAGUCAAAUUGAUUCUCAGUUUGAUUCGGAUUCCCAGGCUAGUUUUUCAACCGUCGAAAACAAUCUCAACCAGAUUUACGACCCUUUCGACAAUUAUUUCUCGCGAAUUACCCAUGCCUUGAAACAACCCGUUGUUGAUUUAGUGAAAUCCGAAAAUAAAUCCAGUAUUUUUGGAGAUGAUCCGUACGAGGGUUCAAGUAUCGGAUCGAAGAGUAUUAUCGCUGAACAACGAAUUAAGUACGAACCGAAAAUGCAAUCUCAGACCACACUAUCGUCACAUUUAAAUAUAGCCAAAGACGAAAUAGACCUCUUACGUGAGCUUGAAGAAAACAGUUCGCGCACCAAAAGUGCUUCCAGUAUUUUUGGAGAAGAUCCCUACGAAGAUGCAAGUACCGGGUCGAUGAGUAUUAUCGAAGAACAACGGUUGAAGUUUAAACUUAAGCAAUUAAAGACGUCACCAUCGUCGCGUUUAAAUAUAGCCAAAGCUGAAAUAGACGUCUUACGGGAGCUUGAAGAAGACAAUUUGCGCAAUAAAAACGAUUUCUCCACGACACAAGAAGAGUCUCGCAGUUAUACGGAAGGAAGUUCUCAGUUAUUUGCAUCAGAAUUGAUCGAUUCACACAACGUUCCAUACGAUGAAGAAGAAGAGUCAACCGAAGAAUCGCUCCAGCUACCAAUCCAUGAGGACAGCCUAUUAGAUGCUAAGGAAUCUCAGUUCGAUUUCGACUCACAAGAGAGCGGACAGUAUAGCACAUUAUGCUCGUUGAUAGAGUAUGAUCCUGUUGGUGACACUCAAGAAUUUAAUUCAUCCAUUGUCACCGAUACACUAUCGUCGAACGAUGCGACCAUCGUGGAACCUACUUAUGAGAAUUUUAAAGCUAAUAUGUUACAGGAUAAGAAAGUAGUGACGAGCACGGCCAAUUCUCCGGUUGUUGUGGUGGAAGUUGUAUCCAGUUCGCCAUUUCCAAGUCGAGAACCUGUGAUGACCCGUGCUAUGAAGCGCAAAAUAGUUGCAGUCGAAUUGAAAGAUGUCGGCUGUCGUCGAAGUAAGAGAAACCGUGUUAUUAAAAAAUUCUUUUAA